AUUUGGGUCCGAGUCUUACUGGGGACACUAGCCAACCGUUUCUUCUUAAUCAGAAUGCUGAGUAGAGCUCUAUGCACUCUAAAGGAGCAUAGAAAGAACAAACUAUGGCCAAGCUGGAGAAGAAGAAGAAGCAAGCUAUGUUCAGCUCACAGACCCCUCUCUCAAAGUCUGGACCUUUAGGCGCCAUAAGGGUUGCUGCUUAUUGUUUCAAAAGGCUCAAAAAACCUCUAAUCCAAGAAACUGAUGUCUCCUCUUCUGUUGAUUGGAUUUUGCAAGACGAAUUGCAAGUUGUUACAUAUAGGGUGUUGGGGUACCUUCUUCUUGGUAUUGUUAGAAUAUAUUCAAAGAAAGUUGAGUACUUGUUUGAUGACUGCCAAGAGGUGCUUAUCAGAAUCAAUGACUUCGUGGUUCGAACAAAAAAAUGCACGCCUGAGAACGUGCAGCGCACACCUUGUUUCUCAAUUACACUACCAGAGAGCUUUGCACUUGAUGCUUUUAAUAUUGAGAUCCUUGAUGAUACUGUUGGAGGUAACGUGCUGCCCCAAGAAAAGAUAACACUUAAAGAUAGCUUAUUGGAGAAUGCUGGCAUCAGGCAAUAUGCUUUAGACAUGCAUCUUUCUGAGGAAACUGCUAGAAGCCAUAACUCCUAUGUUGCUGAGUACACUCCAGCAGAAGAUGUUUUAUCAUCUUUCCGGAUGAAUGUGCAUUUAAGAAAAUCUCGUAUUAUAGAUAACUUCACUACAAGCAUGGAGAAACUUCAAGAAAAUAGGUUUUCUCAGGAAGAAUGCAUGGACUUCGAAAUGUUUUAUGCAGCUGAAGAAGAAUCUCGAAAUGCAGUUAAAUUAAUUGAGGAAGAUCAUCGGGAGGAGAUAAUUGACCUUGGAACAUCACCAUCCAAGGAUGCAAUGCAUGGAAAAGCAAGCUCAGAAAAACUUGAGGGCUUUGGAGAAGAUGAUGUGAACCUUGUGAGAUUUUGUGAGAUUGGAGAGUAUGCUGUUAACAUUGCAUUAUCAUAUCAAGAUGGAGAGCUUGGAGAAACAAGCAUAGAAAAGCUUCUGGACUUUGGAGAAAAUGAUGUGAAUUUUGGGAGGUCUAGUGGGAUUGAGAGAGAUUAUGAGGUCACCAUUGCAUCUUUAUCUCAGGAUGCAGUGCAUGGAGAAACAAGUACAGAAAAGCUUCAGGAUUUUGGAGAAAAUGCUGUUAGAUCUUGUGGGGCUGAGGGAGAUUAUGGUGUGAACAUUGCAUCAUCAUUUCAGGAUGCAAUGCAUGGAGAAACAAGCACAGAAAAGCUUAUUUUCGAAGAAAAUGUGAAUCUUGUGAGAACUUAUGGGAUUGAGGGCAAUGGUGAUGUGAAUAUUGCAUCAACAUCUAAGGAUGCAAUGCGUGGAGGAAUAAGCACAGAAAAUCUUCACGAAUUUGAAGAAAAUGAUGUAGACCAUGUGAGAUUAUGCGGACUUGAGAGAGAUCAUGGUGAGAACGCUGCUUCAUCAUCUAAAGAUGCAAUGCAUGGAGAAGGAAGCACAGAAAAGCUAAUGGAAUCUGGAGAUAAUGGUGUGGUCCUUGUGAGGUCAGGCAGCAUAGAGGGAGAAUCUACUGAUCACGUUGCACAACAUGGUGAAGAUCUUCAAAUUGGUGGGCAGGGGGAAAUGGUUUCAGAAAGUGACCAGCCAGAAGGUGUAACAUGCCAGAUCAUUAGGCAAGCACCCAGUCCAAUCAAUUUAGAAGCUGAAAUGGAGAAACUUCGAAACAGUACUUACGCUCAAGUAGAAAGCAUGGACCUUGAUAUGUUCUCUGGAUCUAAUAAACCUCAAGAAUGUGAUGAAGCAUUUACUGAAGAGAAUCAUAAUGAUGAAGAGCAAACACUCACUGAGAUGCUAGAAAAAAUAAAAUCUCAAAGCAUAAGAGAAGGGAGUUCAACAGCUACAAAACUUAGUAGGACUCCGAAAAUAAAGGUUCCAGUGGACUCAGGUGCUUCUAUGCCACAGUUUACACUCAUUCCAACACCAGCUGCUAAAGAUCGUGCACGAAUUACGAGGAAAAGAAAAUGUGUCAUUGAUGAUACAAUGGUGCUCCCUAACGCGGUGCUUAAAAAAGGCAUAGUGGAUGCCAGUGACUUGGUUUCUAAAAGAAUAAAAGUUGCUCAUUCGGCCAUUUCUGUCUGGAAAGCUAAAUACUCUCAAAUUCUCCACCAUAAUUUCUUUGAGCCUUUACUGCCUUGUGUUUCAUCAGAACUGAGAUCCCUCUUUUCUGAAAAGAAACUGAAGAUUGUAGAUUAUGCUAAAUCUGUAGAACCUCGAAAAGAACUGAACAUUUCUGAGAUACCACCUUUUUAUUUAUCAAACCCAGAGCAAAUAGGCAUUGCUCCAGAAACACCUGUUCAGCGUGCUAGAUUAACAAAUUCAUUAAAAUGCCCAUUGAGCCCUGUAACUCCCAACGAUCACAGAAUAAGCCGUGAACCGUUGACAAAAUCAAUUGAGAGCCCAUUGAGCCCUGGAACUCCCAAAUAUGAUAGAGAGAGGUCUGAAGCAUUGGAAGAAGGACGCUUAGAACCAUUCCCUUUCGGGGAUCAAGAGCUACCGUGCCCUUUAGAGAAUCAAGAGCAACCGUGCCCUUUAGGGGAUCAAGAGCUACCACCACGCCCUUUGGGGGAUCGAGAGCUACCAUACCCUUCAGGGGAUCGAGAGCUACCACCAUGCCCUUUAGGGGAUCAAGAGCUACCACCAUGUCCUUUAGGGGAUCAAGAGCUACCAUGCCCUUCAGGGGAUCAAGAGCUACCACCAUGCCCUUUAGGGGAUCAAGAGCUACCACGCCCUUAUGGUGAUCAAGAGCUACCACCAUGCCCUUUAGGGGAUCAAGAGCUACCACGCCCUUUAGGUGAUCAAGAGCUACCACCAUGCCCUUUAGGGGAUCAAGAGCUACCAUGCCCUUCAGGGGAUCAAGAGCUACCACCAUGCCCUCUAGGGGAUGAAGAGCAUGAUCUCAAUCUGAUCGAUGAGGUGACAAAUUCAUGUGGAGACAAUAACAAUGAAUUGCAUGGAUGGUCCGGAAGAACAAGAACAGUGGCUGAGUACUUGCAUAGAAGUUUUCUAAAUCAACAGAAAGGCGGGAAGGAGGAGGUUGUUAACUUGUCACGUGUUGUGAAGGGAAGAACCAAGAAAGAAAGUGCCAGGUUCUUUUAUGAGAUACUGGUGCUUAACACUAAAGGGUAUGUGAAUGUCAAGCAAGAUGGUGCUUAUAGUGACAUUUUGGUCCGGAAACCCCAGACAUGGCCCAAACUUGUGGAGCAGAUUAUGUUCAAUAAAACCAACUGAAGUAGUCUUUAUUUAAACUACUCAGGAAUGAGUUUAGUUUUGUAGAAUGUAGUUUUCUUGUACAUAAAAUGCCAUUCUACUUGUAAAUAUAAUGUAGGUUUUUAUUUUAUUAUGCUGACCACAUUUUGUUGAGAAAACCCAGUAUUCCACCCCAAGUCUUACCUGGCAUAGUGAUCCAUUGGAAUAUAAAAACAUGCCUAAAUGGGAAAUUUUGUCCUUGGAUGAAAAAGUUAUCUUGAGUGUUGAACCUACUACUAAUAUAUUUAUUUUCAUUGUUUCCAACUUUUGGUGGUGGUGGUGGUGGUGGUCCUACAUUACAUCAUAGCAAAAUUUUAUUUUAAAAUGUAAAGACUUUAGACCAAUCAGAUAAGAGCAAGAUUAUUGGAAGAAUAUUCACAAGAUUUCCAGCCUGUCAAAUCAUUAAUGUUCAUUUUUUUCUGCUCACCAUAAGCUGCUGAGGACAUAGCUUCCUGUCCUCAUCUAUAAAGUAUCAACUAGUUUGGCCAAUGAGUUUGGAUUCCUAUAAUUUUUAUAUCUCUUAUGAGUCAACAAGGAAAAAGCUACAAUCCCAUUGGUGUAAUAUUUAAUAGAGAAGAAACAAGUUUGCUUAUGCCGUAAGAAGUUCAGGUAAAUUUUCUUCACAGAUGAAAUAAAUGGAGGUCUGAGAUCUCAUCUAUUCUGAAGUUCUUAUUCCACAGCUUCCCUUCCAGAGUCUGCUAAAUCAUUUAUAGGUUACAAAAUGAAAAUCCUGCAUACUCUUUGGAACAGUCCAGUUGGUCUCAAGACAACUCACUUUUGGGGCCCUUUUUUGAACUGGAGCAUUCCAAUUGCUGCAUUUGUAGACACAAAAAAACCACCAGAACUUAUAUCUGGGAACAUGACUGCAGUGCUGUGUGUAUAUUCAGCAAUGUUCAUGAGGUUUUCAUGGAUGGUACAACCAAGGAAUUACCAUCUUCUUGCAUGUCAUGUCUCCAAUGAGACUGUUCAGCUCUAUCAACUCUCUCGUUGGAUCAACUCUCAAACUCAACAAAAAAGCUUGGAGCAGAAGAAUGAGGAGGGUGCCAAACAAAUCUCACUGAUUAUUGAAGAAGAAUCAACCACAUGAAAGAAAGAAAGAAAUCUAUGUUUUGUACCAUAAUUAAACUUGUUAUGUGAUGACAAAAUAGUACUAAUUAAUAGUAGUUGAAGGGAAUUGUAGUUUCAAUGUUGAAUAUAAUUUGCCAAUUAUUAUCGUUGUCUUUUUGCAAAGAAUAUUAUAUAAAGGUCCUUGGCAAAUUAAUUUA